AUGUCUGCCAGUCGAUCUGCAAACGGCUUCAUCCGCGUGGAUUACUCGUCCAACCCCGUCGACAUUCCCGAAUCAUUUCUCACCGGUCCAGCCACUGAUCCCGUCACAUUCCGUCCAGUGCCGUGGAAAGAGUCCGAUGUGCCGGAAUAUGCCAAGUGCAAGGCCUGGAUCCUCGAUAACGUCCUCUCCCUUGAAGAGUGUAACCAGCUGAUUGCCCUUGCCGAGGCCUCGGCGCCGCGCGAGAAGCCGGAAGAUUCGCCCUGGAGACCCGCCCUGAUCAGCGUCGCGCCCGGAGUGGAAACUCGGGCUCCGGGAUACCGCAACAGCGACCGCAUCAUCUGGGACAAGCAGCUUCUCGUGGACCGUCUGUGGGAUCGUUGCGCUCAAGCCGAGGGACUGCAAGAGCUGGUUGCUACGGCCCCGUGCUCAAGGCCGGACCACAACCGCGGCAGAAAGGGCACAUGGCAGUUUCAUGGGCUAAACGAGCGGAUGCGCUUCCUCAAGUACACGCCUGGCAUGUUCUUCAGACCACACUGUGACGCGGCGUACCGAGCCGACAACCCCGAUGGUCCCAUCAUAGAGACGUAUUAUACCCUGCAUCUCUACCUUAACGAUGACGGCCUCGUCGGCGGCGCAACUGCUUUUUUGUCGCCUGAUCGGAAGCGGCGCCUGGAUGUCAACCCCAAGGCGGGCAGCGUCCUCAUUUUCCAACACCCUCUGCUGUUACACGAGGGAGCGGAUGUUAUCGAAGGAACCAAGUAUACCAUGAGGACGGAGAUCAUGUACCGUUGGGAGGAUGAGGCCAAAAACUAA